AUGUCUCCUCACUUCUUUCUUCUUCUUCUUCUUCUUCUUCUUCUUCUCGUAGUUUCCACAAUAUCCGAAGAGUUUGCAUUCCGUCACAAAGCGUUCCGAUCUUUGAAAACGCCAAAGAUCAACAAGAAUCGCUUGUCGCUCAUCAUUCAGAGAUUGCGAAUGAACGAAACUGCGACAAAGUUUAGUGGAACAGGUAGGCGAGGUGAAAAUAUUGUCGGCUCUUUAAAUUGAGGUUUUUCAGAGAGGCCGUGCCCGGUUUUCCAGGCGUUUUCCGCGUGCGCCUGCGAACCGACGUGCAACAAUCCGAAUCCGGUAAGCGUAUCUCAGUUGUGGGUGGAGCUAUCAAAAAGUCGUCAAUUGAGAAAAUGUACACAAGAUUUCAAUGAGUAACUUAUCAGUUGACAGAUUUUUGAUAUUCCAACCGGCCGCUGAGAUAUAUUGCUCUGAAUAAAGUCUUUGUUGUCACCAGGCCUUUGAAUAACUUCCUUGUGAGUCGACAUUUUCAUUCAAGUUGGGAAUUCCAAAUGCAGACAUCAAUGAGUUCUAUACAGAUUAGGCAACAAAAAAAAGAUUUUUUCAAUCAGUUUAUAACAGCUUUUUGAAGGCUUUUUGACCCACUUGUGAUAAUCCGGACCCAAACCCCAUAUCUCGGGACCGGAUAAUCGGAUCGGUCUGAAACUUGGUCACAAUAAACUUCAAUCCAAGUCUAAGAAUUCUCAAAAGUUUGGGCCCGAUCGGAUAAUUGCAAAUGGGUCAAAGGGCUUUCAAAAAGCCUAAAAAAGCAAAAUUGGUCCAUUCCUGGUUUAUAGUGAAAACCCGUGGAGUAGCCGGGCUAUUUGACGGCUUCUUACAUGUAAUUUGAAUAGAAAUUCAACUUUUUCUUAUAAAACUCAUCGAGAUUUACAAUUUGCACUCUCAACGUGUCUAAAAAUGAUAUUUGCAUGGAAAGUUAUCCAAAGUCCCGCUGACAACUAUGAUAAUAUUAUGCACUUUCUGAGUCAGUUGAUUCAGUCACCCGUUCUGAUGACACACACCCGCACAUCGUCAUCAUCUGAAGCAUAAAGUGCAAGCACAAUUCUUCAGGUUUGUGCCAUCUGCGAACCCGGAUGCACGUGCCGAAACGGCUUUGUCAGAAGCCCGCUCCGUUUGUGUGUUCUGCCCGAAGAGUGCCCUUUUACGAAGCUCCGUCGCUUCGAAUUGGCUCCACCACGACGGCUUUACGAAGCGAUGCCCGUCGUCGUGACGAGCACGACUACAUUCGAACCGACUUCCACUGAAACCACAACUACAGCCACAGAGAUUGCGUUCGAGGAAUCCGAGUUCGUCACAGUGCCGCUCAUUGUUCUGCACAACGGUGGCCCGACGCCUCCGUCCGCUCCGCCGAUGCUCCAAGCCCGGAAUCCGGAAAUGAUCGGAGCUCCUGCGGCCACUCCGCCGCCGGAUUUCUCGUACGGACCGCCCGGAAUGAACGCCGCUCGCUUCGCCCUCUACGAAGAUUUUCUGAAGCAGAAACGGAUUAUGCGGGCUCUACGUCACCGACGGAACCGGUUCGCGAAGAAGAUGUUGUAA